AUGGAUAUAGGAGCAUUUUUGAACGAGACCGCAGCGAUUGACCAAAAUGUUACGACCAUUCAUGCCAAUAUUGCAAAGAUUCAAAAAUUACAAUCUAAUAUCUUAGUUGCCACUUCAACGAACGUGGUAGAAAAUACAAGUCAUGAACGUGAUAACCUUAUGAAUGAGACCCGACAGCUCCUUAUUGAAAGCAAAGACCGCAUUAGAAGGAUUGAAUCUGAAAAUUCCAGACUUCCUAGGUCUGAUCCUAAUUAUGAUUUACGAACGCAAAGACAUGGAUUUCUCAGGGAGAAAUUAUCCAAAAUUCUUAACGAAUACCGUGAAGCUGAAAAUGAAUACAUAAGAAAACAAACAGAACGAACAGUUCGGCAAUAUAAGAUAGUUUAUCCGAACGCUACUCAGCAAGAAAUUGAUAAUUAUAUAUCAAGUCCAUCAGGACAGCCGGUAUUUCAAUCAGCACUUUUACGUACUAGUGAAUCCCACGAAGUGUUGAGUCAAGUACAAAAACGACACAAUGAUAUUAAACGUGUUGAGGAAACCGUUGCCGAGCUUGCCACCCUUUUUAAGGAAUUAUAUCUUCAGGUUGAAGCACAGGAUAAAACUGUUGUUGAGAUUGAACAAAAUGCGGUUCAAACUACAAACAAAUUAGAAAAAGCUACUGAUGAGUUGGAUAAGGCGCGCGAAAGUGCAGCAGCGGCUCGAAAAAAGAAAUGGAUAUGUCUUUUAAUAGCUUUGAUAAUUCUUGCUAUUAUUGUGGCCAUUGUUAUAUAUGAAGUUUUAAAGUUGAAGAACAAUAAUAAAUAA